AAUAUUUAAAUGGAGCGGCUUUCAUCCCCCUUUUUUUAUAUUCCAAGGUAACAAAAGCAGUGCCUGAAGUUUUCACGUUUUUUAGUUGACGUUAGUAGUAUCGCUGACUUUAGUGCUUGCUAAAUAUUUGAAAAUCCAGUCACUUGUAGGCUUACAUGCCUAACAGAAUUAUCAUUUCGUUAUGACGUCUACAAGUAGUGAUAUUGUUCCAGUUGGCACAAUAAUCAAAGAAAGAUGGAGAGUUUACACUAAAAUUGGUGGCGGUGGUUUUGGUGAAAUCUAUGAAGCUGUUGAUAUGAUCAAUCAACAAAAGGUUGCUGUGAAAGUUGAGUCGGCACAACAACCGAAACAAGUAUUAAAAAUGGAAGUUGCUGUACUUAAACGAUUACAAGGACGUGCACACACAUGUCGUUUUAUCGGUUGUGGUAGAAAUGAACAGUUUAAUUAUAUAGUAAUGAGUCUUCAAGGUAAAAAUCUAGCAGAUUUAAGACGAUCAACUCGUCGUGGAUGUUUUACUAUAAGUACAACUGUACGACUAGCUCGUCAAAUGCUUGUUGCUAUUGAAAAUGUUCAUAAUGUUGGAUUUCUUCAUAGAGAUAUAAAACCAUCAAAUUUCGCAUUAGGAACUGGGAUCGGACCUGGCGCUGUAAAUCCUAGACAAAUUGUGCUUCUUGACUUUGGGUUGGCUCGUCAGUAUACAACUGCAAACGGAGACAUUCGAGCUCCUAGACAGGUAGCCGGUUUUCGGGGUACUGUCAGGUACGCUUCUGUUAAUGCUCAUUCAAAUAAGGAACUUGGACGCCAUGAUGAUCUCUGGUCGUUAUAUUAUAUGCUUGGUGAAUUCAUAGUCGGUGAAUUACCUUGGCGAAAAAUCAAAGAUAAGGAGCAGGUUGGCUUGAUGAAACAAACGUUUGAUCAUAAUCAGUUAUUAAAGUUUAUGCCACGUGAAUUUAGACCAUUUCUUGAACACAUUCAAAAUUUGACCUAUUUCGAUCGUCCUGACUACAUAUAUUUGCAUUCUUUGCUUAACGCUUAUAUGGAACGUCGUAGGAUAAAUGAAUCUGAUCCAUUUGAUUGGGAGAUAACAACUGAGCCUACGCCUGUUACUGGUGCUAAUGAGACUAAUCAGCACCAUACAACACAAACACCUAUAGCAACUCAACAAGCUGCUCAGGUUACUGUAGCUGGAGCACAGGGAACACUAGAUGUCUCCAAGCUCCGAAAGGGUAUUCCUUCUGGAGUGGAUCAAAAUCGGCUAAAUGUUGGUGCAGGCUCAAGUGGAUAUAUAAGUGGAACUAGAUUGGCCGGAAGUAGUUCAAACAUAGCUCUUGUAAGUCCAGUUGUAACCACUUCAGUGGCUAAUGUAGGGAAAUCUUUUGAUGCUAUCCCAUGUCAUGGUGGACCAAAUGGUAGUGCCUUAAAUUCAAGAUCAGGUGUAGUUUCACAUCAUCGUAAUAAUGUCGACGAAAUUUUGAGCAACCACAACUCUCAGCAGCAACAAGGUAACAAUACACCGCGUAAAUCAUUUUCAAAUGCAGGUGCACGGUCGCAUCGACCUGCCACUACUCCACGUCUUGUUAAAGAAGCUGGAGCGGCGAGAGCUCGUGAAGCUGCCUCUAAAGAUGUUACCAAAGUAGAUCAUUUUUACUCUCCACAUUCUCAAGCUAAUCGCGUUUCUCCUUCAGCUAAAGUUGGUAAUACCGACUCAGUUUGUCAACCAACGGAUAGUUCUAUACCGAUUAGUUGUGGACAUCGUAAUAAUGAUCCAAACAGACUUCAACCUGGUAUAGGGACAACGAACAGCAAUUCAUCAAAUCGUCGACCUAUAAGUGCAGGUGCAGCUCAUCUUAGAAGUAGUGGAGGCACUAUAGGAAGUACAGCAAGUGUUGUUGGGGCUGGUUCAGGGACGCGGUGCGACACAAGUUGCACACAUGCUGUCAUUGUAAUGGUCGAUCAAGGAGAAAAUAGUAAUUAUCAUGAUAUGACAAAAGCUGUUCCCCUUACACUCGCUAGUCAUUGGAUUGCUGGUGGAGAAGAUGAAGAAGGUUCGGGCCUCUCUGAAAAUGAGGAUGCUGUCGUAAAAGUUAAAGGUCCAGCUUCUUCUGUUGCUAGUGCUUCUGGUGGGGUUGGAGACGAAUACGAUGCAUCGAAUCAUUUGAACAAAUUUAAUGGAACAAAUAAUCAAUUACCUGAAUGUGGGAGCGGAGAAGAUAAUGAAGUAUUUCCCAGAAUGCAGUCAGAAAAUGGCAAUAAUGACAAUAAUUACUUUUGUAAUUGUGACCCUAGUAUGCUAAAUUCUCAGCGAGUCUUUCAACCUUCUGGAGAUGUUAACAAGGAUGUUGGAUCUGGUUCUUAUCAAGAGCCAGGAUCAGAUGAAAAUAGUGGAGAGAGAUCUUCAGUGAAUGUACCUUAUUUUACACCUGGCAGACAAGUAUCUAUUUCUUCUCAACAUACAUAUGGAGAGGUUGAAAGUGGUUCCUACAGACAUAAUAUCAAUUCUUUUGGAAAUCGAGGUGUUGCACGUAAGCUAUCCCAAGGAUUUCGCCGGCAAAGAGCACUGCCUCAAUAUCUUACUUCAGAAUCAAAAUUACUUCCAAGUUAUGGUAUGCCUACAGCCAAAGAAAGUUGUUUAGUCAAUUCACCAACUCGUUUGAAAUCUUUUAAAAGUGAUAAUGAUAAUAAUUGGAUCACUCGAAGUGGUGGUGAUUUAAUGCCUCAGUUCCCAAUUCCAUUCUCACGUUCCACAAGUCCAUACCAUCCUCAUGGCUUAGAAAUUGUUGAUGAAAAUGCUAGUAUACCAGUUUCUAAGCAUUCACCAUAUAUUACACAAGAAAUGGUUGAUCGCAGAGGUCGAAUCCAGUAUAAAGAUUUACAUGAUCAUGAUUAUCGUGAAUCAGGAAAUCUAAUUAAUGAGUUUCAUUUUGAUCCAAUUGUUAAUUUAAAUAAUAAUCAUAAUGAUAAUAACAAUGCUAACACUAAUAAUAAUCACAGUUAUUCAAAUACAUGGAAGUUUAAUCAAAACAGUAAUUGUUUUCCUAAUCCACCACAUUUAAAUUCUUCUAAUUCCAUGUAUCAUCAUUUACAACCUGUCGAGAAUCAAUCAAAUCAUAUGAGUCGUUCAAUGAUAUUAUCACAAACAAGCAGCGCUGAGCCAUCAUCCACAUAUAAUCUCCUCAUGCAUCCAUUACGAAUAAAUAAUGAAAAUAAUGAGAUUAAUUUGAAACCACCAAAUUCAUCAUAUUUAACUGAUGGUCCUAUCUUUUAUAAAUCACCAUUUCAAUAUUCUUCAGCAUCGCCAUCUGUCACGAAACCAUUAACUACUACUAUAAUAUCACGUGAUUAUUUUCGCUCUCGUCCUGAUAUCUCUUCAGCAUCACGUCAAUAUUAUGUUUCACAACCAAAUAAUCAUUUCAAUACAACUACACGACGUCCGACAUUAUCGGUCGCACAAAAUAACUCAUAUUUAAAAGCACCAUUUUCUAAAUCUGAACAUAAUCUUUUACAUGCUGUGGACAGCUUACCGGAUUUGGAAAACAGGCGAUUUCAGCCUACAGUUGAAGAUGAUAGUUACUUGGACAUGAGACAACAACAACAAAAAUGGUUAGUCAUACGAGAAAAAAUUCCAACACAUCACUAUCUGAAAUUUUGAACGAUCAUAUUGUCUCGAAAGGAUUCGAAGUUAGGGCUUGCCUCGUGAUGCAGUCCGAUGAUUUGCGUAAUGCAUGUCCUAUCCAAAAAGCAGUAGACCUAAUUCAGUUAUAAAUUGUGUAAUUUUAAUUUCCAUAUAUAUAUACAAGAUUGGAUAUUCUACUAAUCCGAUUGUAUCUAAAUCUUUAGCUGAUACUAAUCCAUCUAUUGAAAUAAUAAAUAGAUUUUCAUAUCAAUCAAAUAUAUCAAAAUCAUCAAUUGAUCAUGUAUUUGAACGUUCAUCUAAACCGAAUUCAUUAUAUUUUAUUCGACCAACACAACAUGCAAUUGAUAUGUAAUGUAGUUAUGAUGGAAAAGAAAAAUAAAUAACUAAACAAACCAUCAAUUAUUUCUAUGAUUAUGAUUAAUUUUGUAGUGUAUUAUAAUAUGUGUGUACACUUAUUUCUUUUCUAUGAUUAUUAUUUUCAUUUGAAGAGUUCUUUUUGAAAAACAAAGAAACAAAAAUAAAGAAAGAAAAAAGAAAACUCUUUACAUUACUGAUUAAUUCAUUAUUGAAAUGAUCAUAUCAUUCUUCGUAUAUAGUGAAUGAUGAUAUUGAACAUUGAAGAAUCUUCCGUUUUGUUCGCUAUACUGUGAUUACUACCAGUACUACUACUACUAGUUAUAUUACAGUACUCUUCACAAGAAUUAUAUGACAUUGUGUUCAACUUUCUUGUUUCUAUCUUCAUGUUUAUUUAUUUCUUUUAUGUAUUUAUGUGCAUAUUUUACUACUUACUCUGUGCUAAUCAUCAUCAUCACCAUCUUCUCUGUAUUAUGUAUAUGUGUGUGGGUGUGUGUGACUAGCCCAUUGUAUACAAUGUACAAUUAGAAAAUUCUGAUGUUAUCUUUUACCCAUUUACGAUUGCUUACUGUUUUAUUUUAACCAUUGUUUAUAUAUUUUUCUAGGUAAAUAAAAUUACUGAUAUCUGUUUGUUUUUUGUUUCUUUCUUUCUGUAAAAACGUUUAUUCUAUACAAUUUAGGCUGUGCACUACUUGCUAUACAUGUACAUCAAAAACAAACAAAAUGCUUACAUAUAUAUACUACUUAUUUAGUCUUCUAUCUCUCCUCAUAAAAUAUCCUUUACAAUAUAUCUUUUCAUUAAUAUUUCUAUAUUCUGUUCAAUAUCUUCCUUGUCUUUUAAAAACUAGAACAAGCACUAUACUACUACUACUAUUGCUACUUAAAUCAAAUUUCACACAUUUCUCUUUUCAUUUGAUUUAAAUUUCUUGACCAUUUGUAUAAUAUUUAAGAAAAGAAAAAAAGAAAAAAAAAGAGAACUCAGUAACUAAUAUCAUUUUGUUUUUACCAUGUGCAUAUCAUAUUUCAUUUCUCUUUUUUUUCUAAUUUUUUUAAAUUUAAUUAAAAUGUAACCCUAAUUAUCAUUUAACUUUGUUUAUGAAACCAUAUUAUUAUUGUUAAUGGGAAUAAUACUACUUAUUUAUUUAUAUGAUGUGUAUAUUUGUGCAAUAUACACUGUACUAAAUAUGUGCGUAUAAAUUAUAUGUAACUGUAUAUAUUUGCAUGUGUGUAUUUGUGUAUGAAAGGAAUUCUACCUCUUUAUGAGUUGAUUUGUUAAGAGUACAAUAAAUAUUCAAUAGUACAGUUAAUAAUAUUAAUCUAAAUAUACAUAAUAUUGAAUGUCGCUUAAAUUGUCUUUUUUCUAGAGUAAUUACAUAAAAUGUGUAUUUAUUAUUGUUCCUUUUGUUUUCUUCGUUUUUUUUUU